AAAAAUUGGAAUUGAUGACAUUGAGUUAUCUUCAAAAUGGACAGCCAGAACCAAUAUAAUGUAUCUCGGCCGAUCUACUCUACACGUGCCUUUGAACAUGUUCAUGAAAGGCAAGCCAGAGAAAAGAAGAGCUUCAAAGAAAAGCUAAAAGAUUGCUUCAGUUCCCCUCUUAAAUCAAUCAUGCGAAUUAUUAAGAAGUUUUUCCCAAUUCUUGAUUGGCUCCCAAAAUAUCAACUCAGACCAUGGCUUCCUGGCGACAUCGUAGCAGGAAUCACUGUGGGAAUGGUGUGUGCUCUGCAAGGACUGGCCUACUCACUGCUGGUUAAUGUACCUCCUGUAAAUGGACUUUAUGCUGCUUUCUUUCCAAUCCUCUCCUACUUUGUUUUGGGCACCUCUAGACAUCUAUCUGUAGGCCCAUUUCCAGUAACUUGCCUGAUGAUGGGAGCACAGGUGUUGAAUCUUGCUCCUGAUCAACUGUUCAUGGUGCCAGGGAAUGGGACAGGUGUGAAUGGAACAGCUCCAAUGGUGGUCAAUACGACUGCUAGAGAUGCAGCAAGAGUGUCAAUAAGCAUCUCCAUGACUGUGCUGAUUGGACUGUUUCAGCUGGGGAUGGGUGUGGUCCAGUUGGGUUACUUGGUGCGUUAUCUAUCCGACCCACUGGUAGGAGGCUUCACCACAGCAGCAGCUGUACAAGUGGUAAUCUCUCAGCUCAAAUUGAUUUUUAAUGUUCCCACUGGAAACUACAAUGAUGUCCUGGCAAACUUUUAUACAGUUGGGGACAUAUUUAAAAACAUUAAGAAAACCAACAUAGUUGACCUGAUUGCUGGAGUACUAACAAUCAUUGUGGUAAUGCUUGUAAAAGAGUUCAACACCAGAUUUCAGAAACAACUUCCAGUGCCUAUCCCCAUUGAAGUGUUUGUGACAAUAAUUGAUGCAGGAGUUUCUUAUGCGUUAAACCUUAAUGCCAAUUAUGGUUCUGGCAUUGUGGCAAAUGUCCCAAGAGGAUUUAUACCACCUCGAUCGCCAGACGUAACGAUCUUUAGCAGUUUGGUGGGGUCAAGCUUUGCCACUGCAGUGGUGUCUUAUGCUAUUGCAAUCUCAGUGGCUAAAGUAUAUGCAGCAAAACAUGAUCUUGUGGUUGAUGGAAAUCAGGAAUUGAUAGCUUUUGGAAUCAGCAACAUUUUUUGUGGCAGUUUCUCAGGUUUUGUGGCCACCACUGCACUCUCACGUACAGCAAUAGUGGAAAGUACUGGAGGCAAAACUCAGAUUGCAGGCAUAAUUUCGGCUCUGAUAGUGCUUAUAGUGAUUGUGGCUCUUGGGCCUUUACUUCAGCCUCUACAAAAGGCAGUGCUGGGGGCCAUUGUUGUUGCCAACCUGAAAGGCAUGUUUAUGCAGGUGCAUGAUAUACCUAUACUAUGGAGGAAGAACAAAGCUGAUUGUUUUAUUUGGGUGUUUACAUUCGCUGCCUGCAUCUUUCUGGGGCUGGAUAUUGGUUUGCUGGCUGGUGUAGUGUUUGAACUUAUCACUGUGGUUCUCAGGACACAAUUCCCAACAUGUUCAGCACUUGGAAAUAUACCCAACACAGACAUUUACAAGAAUAUGAAAGACUACAAACAUGUUCUCUCAUGUCCCGGGACAAAGAUUUUUAAGUGUAAUGCACCAAUAUAUUUUGCCAACAUUGAGUACUUGAGAGACCGGCUAAAGAAAACAAUGGGAUUUGAUGCAGUGCAAGUGUUUAGGAAAAGAAACAAAGCAUUAAAGAAGAUUCAUGGUCUAAUCAAGAAGGGGAAACUUAAAGUUACACAGAAUGGCCUGGUGUCUGUGGACCCAACUAUGAGCAAUGGUGGAGUGAUCAAUGAGGCGUUUGAGAGUGAAGAGCAGGUAGAACCACGCCAGAAAGGGAAAAAAGAAGCUGUAGAGGUACAAGUGGACUGGGCAGCAGCACUGCCUGUCAAGGUCAAUGUCCCCAAUGUCGACAUCCACAGCUUGGUGAUGGACUUCACUGCUGUCUCCUUUGUGGAUGUGAUGGCUGCAAAGUCCCUCAAACUGAUUAUAAAGGAAUUCAUACGCAUUGGAGUAAACGUAUAUAUAGCUGGCUGUGAUGAUGAGCUUAUCAUGAAGAUGGAAGCCAUGGGCUUCUUUGAUCAAAUGGUGCACAGAGGUAUGCUCUUCCUCACCGUCCAUGAUGCUAUUCUCUACAUCAAGAUUGAAACUGGUAGUGAUAUCACAGAUGACCCGAUGAUGGACAAGAUCUCACAGUUGCAAGAUGACAAAGAACCUUUCAUUGAUGAUGAAGACCUGAUUGAGACAUAUGACAACCAGCGCAGGGCUAUCCAUGGGCUCUCAGGCUAAGCCUGAUCAGAUCCUGUUUUGGUGUUUUGGUUGGUUUUGGACCUAGGAAGAAGCCAAGAAGGCAAAAACAGAAAAUAGAUUCAGAUGAUACACUUGAAUAUGCUUAGUUAUCAUAUAAAAAGUAUUUCCUGCUACAAUUUUAUCUCUGGUUUAAAAGGAUAGGAUUUUAAGGGAUGAAUCACCAUAAUAAACAUUUAAAUUCUCCGCUUACAUAUUAGUCUUAAAGCAUAUUAUUUGGCAAGAACUAUGAAUCAUUUCAUAGGCACAAUGAAACCAAUAAAAUGUAUACAUACAGUAUAUGCUACAUAAAUUUAAGCACAAUACAGUAUAACACUGCAUACAGUACCACACUUUAAGAUAUUUACAGCACUUACUUCAUUCAUUCGGUAUAUGCAUUGCUCAUUCCACACUGAUGUUUUUUUUUUUUAAACUACCAAGUAUUUAUCAUACAUUCUGCACAAUAACCGUUUUAAAAAUGCUCAUUAUAUGCUUUAUAUAUACUAUAUAUAAUUCUGCUGUACCCUCUUUAGUUUUUAAAUGCAGUUCAGCACAAUAUCAUUUAAGGGGAUACAGU